CACUCAGUUGUCUAGCAUGGAUCGGUGGCAGAAUCGUGUUGCGGUCAUAACGGGCGCCAGCUCGGGCAUUGGCGCUGCCUGCGCCAAAGUCUUGGUGGCCGCCGGCUUGCAGGUCGUUGGCCUGGCACGUCGCACCGAGCGACUGGAGCAGCUGCGUCAAUCACUGCCCAAGGAACAGCAGGCGCGCUUCCAUCAGCGCACCUGCGACGUCUCGGCGGAGGCGCAGGUGAACAGCGCCUUCGAGUGGAUCGAACAGCAGCUGGGCGGCAUCGAUGUGCUGAUCAACAAUGCGGGCAUCCUGCGCGACGGCCAUCUGCUGGACAUGCCCACCAAGGACAUCACCGAUGUGCUCCAGACCAACCUAAUGGGCAGCAUCUACUGCACCAAGCUGGCCGCCAGCAGCAUGCGUCGCCGUCAAGUGGCUGGCCAUCUGUUCUUCAUCAACAGCACCGCCGGCCUGGCUGGCUACAAUCCCGGCCACAUCGAUCCCAGCCUCAACAUCUAUACGCCCAGCAAAUUCGCCUUGACCGCUGUGCACGAGAUUUGCCGCCAGGAGCUGAUCACACAGAAGUUGAAAAUUAAGACAACGAGCAUUUUCCCCGGCUGGGUGUCCACGGAGAUAGUGCCAGACGAAACUAAAGCCCAGCUGGGCGACGUCAUCCUGCAGGCCGACGAUGUGGCUCAGGCGAUGCUCUAUGCGCUCUCAACUCCGCCGCAUACUCAGGUGCAGGAGAUAACGCUGCGUGCGGUUGGCGAAUGGUACUGAUAGCGCUUAUCAGCUGAUAUGAAGUGUGCACGUGCUUGAAGUUCUUGUUGUUGUUGUUCUUGGUGUUGCUGGUGUUGCUUAGGCUAUGUAAUCAACACCUAAUAACAAUCAAAUGAACUUGACAACUCAAUGCACAAACACACACACACACACACACUCAGACACAUAAAUACACACAAAUAAAUACACACACACACA